UCUAGCCUUCGUGUAGUGAACACCAGGACAGGGAAACAAAAUGGUGUCCAGCAAAGUGGUGUGUUUGGUGGCUUUGGCCCUUUUCGGAAGUGCGGUGGCGCAGCCCUCGAAGCAGGCCUUCUGGAAGGGCACUCCCAUGGACGGCAUGGUCGAGGAGAUGAGAUCUGGCUGUGUCGAGGGAUCUGACCCAACUGCGUGCAUCAAAUAUAAGGUCAUGUCUCUCUUGGACACCAUUUUCAAAAAGGACACAUUCCAGAUCUCAGAAGCCGUUGAAGUGACAAAGAAUGGUGCUGGCAACGAUGUCACCGGCCGUUCGUCUGGCGACUUCAUGGACACCAUCGAGAACUACAUCCAGUCCCACGACGUGACCUUCCAACUGCCCAUCGCCGACACCAAAGUCACCGUCAGCCCCAGAAACCUCGACAGCGAUGAGCUGAGCCUCAACAUCAAGUUCAACAAGGAAGGCGCGAGGUCCGUCGGCGAGGCCCGCAAGGCCAAGCUCAAGAAGAUCAUUGUCCCCAUCCUGGUGUUCGUCCUCCUCAAGGCCAUGACCCUCAUCCCUCUGGCCCUCGGUGUCCUCGGUCUGAAGGCCUGGAACGCGCUGCAGCUGUCCUUCUUCUCUUUCGUCGUCUCCGUCGCCUUGGCCAUCUUCCAGCUCUGCAAAAAGUUUACCCAGAUUGCGGCCGACAACUCCCACCCUCAGAUCUCUGCGCACGGCCCGUGGGACGCCGCCUACGCCGCCACCCGCCGCCGGAGGGACGCCGAGCCCCAGGAGGAAGCCCAGGAACUCGCCUACAAUGCCUACAACGCCAACUACUGAACCACGACCAUCGACCCCCCGACCCGCUCAAAAUGGCUGCCGUUCCAAAUACAAAACUCAAUCUGACAGCCACGAGAUCGGAUACCAAAACCAAAUAGGUUUCACUCGGAAACCGCGACAGUGUAAAUACUAUGUAAUUGAAACUUAUUUAUUUGAAAUGCGCGAGUGAGUGUGAU